AUGUCUAUUGAAAAAAAGGCCAUGCCCGAGUCCGAGGCUCGAAAUGCUCCAAGCAUCAAAAAUCUAGAUAUGGAGCCCCAUCUUGACUUCACUGAAGAAGAGGAGAAGAAAGUAGUUCGGAAGAUUGACCGCGUUGUCCUCGCGAUGAUGUGCAUUGUGCAAUUUUUCCAAUGUGAGUAUCUGCCCAAACCAAUCUCAGGGCUUCCCUCGCUAACCGGCUCAGAUUUGGACAAGCAGUCGAUUGGAUACGCUGCCGUUUUUAACCUUUCUAGCGAUCUUGGAAUGGAUAGCAAGCAAUACUCCUGGGCAGUCAGCUCCUUCUACUGUGGACAAUUCAUCGCCGAAUACAUAUUCAUCUACCUGAUGAGCCGCUUGCCCAUUGUUCGUUUUGUCGGACUCUCUCUCAUCGUGUGGGGUCUUCUUGCUGGAACCUUGGCUGCGCCAAACAAUUUUGGAGGAUUUACCGCAGUUCGAACCUUGCUCGGAUUCGCUGAAGGAGCUGUCACGCCUGCAUUUGUUAUCAUAACCAGCAUGUGGUACAAAAAGUCAGAACACGCAAUCCGAACAGCGGGCUGGUGCAGUUUCAACGGUGUUGCUCAGAUUCUCGGAGCGCUGGCCAUGUACGGCGUCGGACUCGCAGACGAUAUUGCGAUUGCGAACUGGCGGCUUAUGUUCCUUCUCUGCGGUUCCGGUACCCUCGUUGCGGCCGCACUCUUCCUUUGGUUGAUGCCUGUAGGGCCCGACACUGCCUGGUUCCUCAACGACCGGGAGCGUCACAUUGCAGUCCAAAGACUCUCCGCCGAGCGCUUGUCGAAGGAACAAACAUCUUUCAGCUGGCCUCAAAUCUGGGAAUUCGUCAAGGACCACCGAGCUUGGCUAUUGGUAUUGGCUGCUUUCUUUAACACUCUGGCUUCGCCUGUUAUCAAGUUCGCAACACUUGUCAUCAACGGCUUCGGGUGGUCGAAGUUGAACACAAUGCUUGUCAGCCUACCAGCUGGCGUGAUUCAGAUCAUUUGGAUCUGGGUGGUUGUUCUUGGCAUUCGCUAUACGAAAAUCCCUCGAUCAUUCUGGGGCAUCAUCGCUACGAUCCCACCCCUCGUAGGAAACAUUGGCGUUGCUGCGCUGCCGUCGUCUUCCAAAUGGGGGGUGGUCGUGUGUACAUGGCUAGCAACUGUUCUCUCACCUUUCAUGGUCGUUAUUCUGAGUUUGAUCGCUUCUAACAUUAAGGGCAACACGAAGAAAUCGGCAGCUAGCAACGGAUAUUUCAUUUUCUAUGCCGCGGCGGCAAUUGCUGGCCCGCAACUUUGGACAAAGGGACCUCGCUAUACGGAUGGUAUCAUCGCGGAUAUUGUCUCCAUCGGUUGCAACAUUGUUAUCUGUGUUCUGUUUUGGCUUUCUGGAACACUUGAGAAUCGGAAAAGAGAUAAGCUCAACAUCUCUGCUGACCAGCCCGGAGAUGCGGAUGUGACGGAUCGACAAGAUAUGAGCUUCCGAUAUACUGUGUAA